AUGGAAUGUCUUGAUGCCAAAAUCCACAAACUCUAUAACCUUUGGACUACCAUGGGUAUGCCAAUGGACACAGUAUCGAUCACGGACCGACUUCAAUAUGUGCUUGCAGAAUUGGAUCGACUCUUAGCGUACGAGGAUCUACGACGACAAUUGCUGUGUGCAGAUAUCGAGGAUAGAAUGGCCAACAUUGAAGCAUCCUGCAGUAUCCUUGGUGUUGCCCUGGAAAAUGCGCUGACGUCCGAACUAUGCAAAGAUGUCGCCUUGUUUGACAACCAGCAUCAUUUACCGCUUCAUUCAGACAUUGGCCCGACAUUUGCCAAACAAGAGGCUUUAAUGGCAUUGGAUUCAAAAUUAACCAGUGAAAUACAUGAACGCCGCAUCCAUGUGAAAAAGUGGCUACGCCAGAUCAACAAGCUCACAGCAGAGAUGGAUGAACCAAAUCCAUUUUCCCCUUACGAGACCUAUGAGAACGAAUUGAGCUGGGCAACGGUGCAAUCGAUCAGCUGCGCCUUGCGUGAUUUACUAGAGAAGCAGUCAACCCGUCAACAAGCAUUCGAGCCAUCUGCAAGGAUGAUACACUUUUGCUGGACUAUCUUGGAUGUGGCGCCUAAUCGAGAUGACCCCAUGGAUAUGGCACUCGUACGACUGUUUACAAAGGUCCCAUUGGAAGUGGAUCGAGAAAACCUGACACUGGUCGAUUCAGCCGACAAUGACACCACUUUAUCUUACUACAACAACGUAUUCAGGAAGGAUAAAGAUGGCAUCAACUUGCGUUCAGCUGCCAAUGUCGCCAUCUUGGAGGCAAAAGCAAAGGAGCUUCAGGCUAUCUAUGAUACACGACUUGCACUUUACAACAAAUACGUCAAGAGCAUCCGCACCAUUUGGGAAGAGUUAAAUGUACCCGACCAUCAACGAUGCACCAUUGUACCAUCAUUAAGCAGCAAAAAUCUCGAAAGGUUGCAUCGCGAAUUCGACAGGCUCAAGACCAUUAUUCGAGACAGAGCCGAGGAUUACAUUGACAAGUUUAGGGAGAAACUCGAGGACCUGUGGGAUAAAGCACUCCUAACGCAAAGAGAACGAGCUGAUUUUAUCUCUCGACUACAUGAGAAAGCUGACACCAUGGACCAAGUACAUCUUUUGGUGGAUGAGCAUAUGAAGUACCUGCAACGUGUUCAGCCGAAAGCUAUCCUCGUGGCCAAAAUCAUGAAACAACGAAACGACCUAAUCCAGGAAAUGAUCAACUUUGAAAAGAAUGCAUCAGAUCCUAAGCGACUCUUUCAAGCUUCAUUCCAAUUGCUACAAGAAGAACGAUGGCGUAACAGCUGUUUCCCGAACCUGCUACAAUUGGAUGAUGCCUUAUUUAAGGCUGUACGAGAAUUCGAAUAUGUUUCAGGCAAACCAUUCAUCUAUGGUCAACGUCGAUAUCUUGACACUUUGCGUGAUGAGAUUGCGGAUCGUGCUGCCAAUCAAACAUUCUUUGGUUUCUUAAAGUCGAGUGAAAAGAACGGCAAGAAUGGGGAUCGACGUGUCAAGCCAUAUAUGGCCCGAACAGCGUCAUCCACAACAACCAUGAAACGACUCAUGAAAGGCAACCCACCCUCACCUUCGUCUUCCAGCAAAACACGACGCUCAAAAUCAAAAAAUACCAUUUCAUCAUCAUCCCCUGCAUCUUCAUCGCAUACCACCACCAACAAAACAACUCUACAACAGGAGAAUCAUCAUGACGACAAUGAUACCCCUCCCAAAAUGCCACCUACACCACCUGCAGAACUGUUGGCGUUUUCCUAA